AUCACCAUCGGCAAUGAGGUUGCGGUGUCCCGAGGCGCUGUUCCAACCUUCCUUCCUGGACAUGGAAUCUUGCGGCAUCCACCCAGACCACCUUCAACUCCAUCAUGAAGUGUGACGUGGACAUCCGCAAAGACCUGUAGGCCAACACGGUGCUAUCUGGUGGCAACAUGUACCCAGGCAUCACCGACAGGAUGCAGAAGGAGAUCACCACCCUGGCACCUAGCACCAUGAAGAUCAAGAUGAUCGCACCCCCAGAGCACAAGUACUCGGUGUGGAUCAGCGGCUCCAUCCUAGCCUCACUGUCAGCCUUCCAGCAGAUGUGGAUUAGCAAACAAUAGUACAAUGACUUGGCCCCCUCCAUCGUCCACCGCAAAUGCUUCUAAAUGGACUGCGAGCAGAUGGCUAGCAAUUGCUUCAUGGGUUAACUCAGAAGUAAAAAUUUGCCCCUGGCAAAUGCAUACACCUCAUGCUAGCCUCACCAAACUGGAAUAAGCCUUAGAAAAUAAGUUGUCUUUGAAGCUUGUAUCCGAUAUCAGCACUGGAUUGUAGAACUUGUUCCUGAUUUUGACAUUGUAUUCAAGUUAACUGUUCCCCUUGGUAUCUGUACAUAUCUUUGAUUUCAGUCUUUAGUACAUGUGGCUUGGUCACUUCAUGGCUAAAAACGUACUUGUGGAAGACAAGUCUGGCUUGGAAUACAAAUAGUUUCUGGAAAGGACACUGACAACUUCAAAGCAAAAUGAAGUUCUUUCUGUUGCUUUUAACCAUUGGGUUCUGCUGGGCUCAGUAUUCCCCAAAUACACAACAAGGACGGACAUCUAUUGUUCAUCUGUUUGAAUGGCGAUGGGUUGAUAUUGCUCUUGAAUGUGAGCGAUAUUUAGCUCCCAAGGGAUUUGGAGGGGUUCAGGUCUCUCCACCAAAUGAAAAUGUUGCCAUUCACAACCCUUUCAGACCUUGGUGGGAAAGAUACCAACCAGUUAGCUAUAAAUUAUGCACAAGAUCUGGAAAUGAAGAUGAAUUUAGAAACAUGGUGACUAGAUGUAACAAUGUUGGGGUUCGUAUUUAUGUGGAUGCUGUAAUUAAUCAUAUGUCUGGUAAUGCUGUGAGUGCAGGAACAAGCAGUACCUGUGGAAGUUACUUCAACCCUGGAAGUAGGGACUUUCCAGCAGUCCCAUAUUCUGGAUGGGAUUUUAAUGAUGGUAAAUGUAAAACUGGAAGUGGAGAUAUCGAGAACUACAAUGAUGCUACUCAGGUCAGAGAUUGUCGUCUGGUUGGUCUUCUUGAUCUUGCACUGGAGAAAGAUUAUGUGCGUUCCAAGAUUGCCGAAUAUAUGAACCAUCUCAUUGACAUUGGUGUUGCAGGGUUCAGACUUGAUGCUUCCAAGCACAUGUGGCCUGGAGACAUAAAGGCAAUUUUGGACAAACUGCAUAAUCUAAACAGUAACUGGUUCCCGGAAGGUAGUAAACCUUUCAUUUACCAGGAGGUAAUUGAUCUGGGUGGUGAGCCAAUUAAAAGCAGUGACUACUUUGGUAAUGGCCGGGUGACAGAAUUCAAGUAUGGUGCAAAACUCGGCACAGUUAUUCGCAAGUGGAACGGAGAGAAGAUGUCUUACUUAAAGAACUGGGGAGAAGGUUGGGGUUUCAUGCCUUCUGACAGAGCACUUGUCUUUGUGGAUAACCAUGACAAUCAACGAGGACAUGGGGCUGGAGGAGCCUCUAUUCUUACCUUCUGGGAUGCUAGGCUUUAUAAAAUGGCAGUUGGAUUUAUGCUUGCUCAUCCUUAUGGAUUUACACGAAUAAUGUCAAGCUACCGUUGGCCAAGACAGUUUCAAAAUGGAAACGAUGUUAAUGAUUGGGUUGGGCCACCAAAUAAUAAUGGAGUAAUUAAAGAAGUUACUAUUAAUCCAGACACUACUUGUGGCAAUGACUGGGUCUGUGAACAUCGAUGGCGCCAAAUAAGGAACAUGGUUAAUUUCCGCAAUGUAGUGGAUGGCCAGCCUUUUACAAACUGGUAUGAUAAUGGGAGCAACCAAGUGGCUUUUGGGAGAGGAAACAGAGGAUUCAUUGUUUUCAACAACGAUGACUGGACAUUUUCUUUAACUUUGCAAACUGGUCUUCCUGCUGGCACAUACUGUGAUGUCAUUUCUGGAGAUAAAAUUAAUGGCAAUUGCACAGGCAUUAAAAUCUACGUUUCUGAUGAUGGCAAAGCUCAUUUUUCUAUUAGUAACUCUGCUGAAGAUCCAUUUAUUGCAAUUCAUGCUGAAUCUAAAUUAUAAAAUUUAAAAUUAAAUGCAUAUCCUCAAAACAAUA